CGCUAGUCGAUUGUGAUCUGUUCAUGUGUAAAAAGUCAUAUACGAUAAUUGUAGAUAACGAAUACAGGUAGAAAUCAAUCGGAUCGCCAUAAAACCCCGGUACCCCUAAUCAUGUAAUGGACUGGACUACAUUUGUAAACAUUAGCGUUGUGUGGUGUCUUUGAACUCAGUACCUAUCUCCGUAGGUAUUUAUAUGGACGUUGAACGGAGGGGUGACCGACUCGCAAUACAUGCAUGACAAUGGACGCUGGGUGACACACUUGUGUUUAUUACCUGUGCUAACAUACGUACAAACUAUAUAUAUAUUCAGUAACUGAUAAUCCAGAAUGAAGCGUUUAGCGGGAGUCGUCAUAUUGGUGUUGGGGUUUGGAGUUUAUUUUACUCAGCCCCAUGCUUUAUGUGCAAAUGUGCUGUCUGAUCCACUAUACGCGGUUGUGUUUUAUGCUGUGCUUGGACUCACCGCCCUGUUUCUUCUGACCAGUAAGAAGCCAAGACUUUGUAUAAGUCCUGUCGGUAAAGCUGUUAUAAUUACAGGAUGCGACAGUGGAUUCGGAAACAGUCUGGCCAUGCGUUUGGACAAGCUCGGCUUCAGCGUGUUUGCCGGAUGUUUGGCACCGAGCCGCGAGGGAGCUAGAAAGCUUGAAGAAGAUUCCUCCGGACGGAUCAAGGUCAUGGAACUUAACGUCACAGAUGAUUUUCAUGUCAGAAGUGCUGUUCGGUUCGUCAAAGAAAAUCUCGGCGACAAUACACUGUGGGCGUGUGUAAACAACGCCGGGAUAGCCGUAUUCCAGGAAAUCGAAUGGUGUUCUGUAAUCCAGUUCCAACAGAUUAUGGACGUGAAUGUGAUUGGCGUUGUCAGGGUAACCAAGGCGUUCCUUCCUCUCAUCAGGGCGUCAAAGGGCAGAGUCGUCAACGUGGCCAGUCUUGCAGGUCGGUUCACAGUGCCGUCGUUUGCUGCCUACUCAAUGUCUAAGAAGGCAUGUAUAGCGUUUUCUGACGGACUACGCCAGGAAAUGCACAAGUUUGACAUUAAAGUGGUCACCGUGGAACCAGGCUUGUACAAAACACCAAUAGCCGCCACGGAUUAUUUGAUUGAUACCAACCGGAAGUCGUGGGCGGAAACGCCGACAGAGGUGAAGGACGUGUAUGGCGAGGAAUACUUCGACGCAUUUCUCAAGAGUAUUGAGGGUCAGAUGAAGCGCGCGCGCAGUAAUGUGGAUGAAGUGGUUGAUCAGAUGGUAGAAGCAGUCACCACGAAGGAGCCGCGCGUGCGAUACGUUCCCAACUUCAUGUCCAACGUCCGUGCAUCCAUACUCAUGUACCUGCCGACUGCUUUAACGGACAGAUUCUUCGAAUCCAUCUACAAAAUUAAGGUGGACGUCAAGAAAUAGUCUAAUUAAGAUUUUUGUGUGUUUUGAAUGGGGUCGGAAAGCUCUGAAUGACCGAACAUAUUCGAUAAAUUUUCACAAAAUAUCUGCAUUGAUAUGUGACGAUGUACAUUGUAGAGUGUAUGUUUGUAGUUGAUUUGUCAUUACUCUCCGUGUGUAGAUAUGUUUUGGACGUUAUGAUAUUGGCUGAUCCCAUGUGACCCGUGCUAAUCUGGACGAUUCGUUAAUCCGGACACUAUCAAAUCAAAAGGUCCGAAUAUAAUGAGGUUCCAAUGUUCAAUUCAUCAGAUCAGUAAGUGAAGAGCGAAACUGUUAUGGAGAAGAAGCUUGUGAUAUCGGACCACACAUUUCGUCAUCCUUGUGUCUAGAAUUCAAACGUUUUCAGGGAUCGGUUUACGUUUUGAAUGUUAUAUGAGAGCGUGACGCGGUAAACUUACGUGAGAAGACACCAGAUAUGGAUUGUAAGGUGUAAUAUGUAGACUGUUUUACCAACAAUAUGAUAUAGACUCAAUUAGUUUGCGUAUCUGUGUUUACGGAAGUUCGUUUAAUGUAUACAUAUAUAAUCACGUCUGAAAAUUCAUAAUCAUAUACAUAACCAUUUGAAUAUGGAAAUAAAAACCAAAGUGAU